CGUGUUAUCAAAACGAUUUUCCUGUAUGUUACAACUAAUACUAAAAUUUUUCCUUUACAUUAUUAAUUAUCAAUAAAUUAGUGGAAUUUUAAAUUUCAUUUAAUUUUGUGUCAUUAAUGUUGUAAUAGUUGACUGAGUUACGUUUCUAUGCGUGUAUUUAAUAAAUAACAUUAAGCAAUUCCAACUCACCUAUAUACCGGCUACGCUUAGACCACCCUUCACUCGUUCAUAAAGUAUCCGAAACCCGUGUCGCAUCAUGAACUUCGAACCCGACUUGAAACAAUACACCAUGUGCUCGGUUUUGGGGUCGUGUUUCUCGGACCGAGCGGUCGUCUUUCUGGGCAAACACAAUAAGAGCGGCAACCUGGUGGCUAUGAAAAAUUUCAACUUAGACAGCAUGUCGAAAACUGAUUGUCAGCUUAUACAGGAUGAGAUCUACAACACUAGGCAGCUGAUGCACCCGAACCUUAUUCCAUAUGUAACUUCCUUCUUGGAUAAGAGCCAGCUGUAUGUUGUGUUCCCACUCAUGGGGUAUGGUUCAUGCAGAGACUUGUUACGCAACCAUUUUGUGGAAGGAUUACCGGAAACAGUUAUAGCAUUUGUGCUCAGGGAUGUUCUGUUGGGACUGGAGUAUAUUCACAAUAAAGGACUCGUGCACAGGGCUAUAAAGGCAGGUCAUAUAUUGAUACGUGCAGAUGGACAUGCAUGCUUAUCAGGCUUACGUAGCAUGUGUCCAAUCGAUAAACGAUCCAAUUUACAUUCCUUGCCACUGCAAUCUGCUAACAACUUGAAUUGGUCUAGUCCCGAGAUGCUUGAACAAAAUUUGCUCGGAUACAACGAAAAGUCUGACAUUUACAGUAUAGGCAUAACAUCAUGCGAACUGGCAAAUGGUUUUGUUCCUUUUGCUGAAACCGAUACAACACUUAUGCUUACUCAAAAAGUCAAAGGUCUAAUUCCACACUUGCUUGACUGCACUACAUGCUACCCAUAUGAAGAUAAUGCAGCUGAUAAUGGAUACCAGUCUGAAGAAACAAUUGGCGUGAAUGCAGCACCCGUGAGCAGUGUAUAUACAAGGAUGUUUACAGAAGAGUUUCACAAUCUUGUUGAAUUGUGUUGUCAAAGAGAUCCAGAAAGUAGACCUUCUGCACCCAAUUUGUUGGCUCAUACUUUUACUAAACAAGUGAAAAGAGUGAGUGUAAAAGUAACUGAUUUAUUACGGCCUGCGGUACCGUUGUUGAAGACAAAUGUUGCAGAAAUAAGUGAUGAUCUCGCUUCUAUUGGAGGCAUGUCUCAACAAUUGAGUGAUCUUGACCUGUUGACUUAUGCAUGGGAUUUUGACCUUAAUGAUAUAGUACCAACACUAUAAAUGCCUAUUUCCAGUAUUAGUAAUAGUUAGCAAGUGUUCAUCCCUAUUAUA